GAUAACUGGUUCCAGCUAAACUCGGUCGAUCAAAGCAGACAAAAAUAUCAGCCAAUCGUCAUCAUAUUCGUGUUUGAUUCCAUCAGGAGAGGUACUGUAAAAUUGCAGGCGGUGUGUUGUGAACCCGCUGUGUUAACAUCCCGAAAAGUUCCAUUUAAGUCUGAAAACAUUUACAAAUUCUUCUAGCAACUUUCAAUCUCAAUUACGACUUGUCGAAGAACGAAAUAACAUCGCUGACUGCGUUGAUUCUAUCGCAGUCGUCACCAUCAUUUGGCUCAAGGUCCAGAAUACUGUUAAAACUGGCAAUACCAAGGCAAACCGCCGUCGCAAGAAGAGCUUACCGACCGUCAAGAUGAGAGAAGAAAUCCAUAGCGCCGCUAAUUUCCUCACCAACAUGAUGAGGCUAAAAGACAAUGUCAAUCAGAUCGACGUGAAUAAACUGGAAAAAUUCCGUAGUACCCUUCUUGAAAUGCUGAUUACGAAGUACGACGAUCACUGGUUUCCGUUCAAUCCUAACAAGGGAUCGGGAUACCGCUGCAUUCGAAUUAACCACAAAAUGGAUCCGAUUUUAAGUAAAGCCGGAGUCGAAUGUGGUUUUCCCGAAGAAGUUCUGAAGGAGAGAUUUCCCAACGAACUUACAAUGUGGGUUGAUCCGAGGGAAGUGAGCUAUCGAAUCGGCGAAAAUGGAAGCAUCUGUGUUCUGUACGAGGGCUCUGAAAAGACCGAUAACCGACAAGAUCGAACGCCGACUGCUACGAUGGAUUGUAUCCGGAAUUCAAUCGGCCGUAUGUCCAUCUCCAAGUCUAUUUCGAAUUCCUCCGACGAUAUCGGUAGCUGCAGUCCUAUGUCCAUAUCACCGCCAACUCCCGGAUUUGAGCAUUUGAGUACAUGUAAAAGUGAAUUCAGCUUCAAUUCCGAUUUCAUCAUGGAGGCCAGAAACGGCAGUUUCGUGGAGUAUGUCAGCAGUUAAAAGUAAAUCGGCGGAUUUAUUUUAAAUGCUUUUUUUGUUCUCAUCGCCAAACGACCAUCACCAUUUUAUUCCAUCACAAGUCUCAUAACUAUCAUAGAUCGAGGAAAUUUAAAUCUGUUCGUGAUUUCUAUGGUGAUAAUAUUUAUAGCGAAUCAAGUACAAAAAGAAUGAAUUUUACAUCAAGGGACCAUCAAUCCCAUUUGUGAUAAAUUCAUCUCUGAUUUCAAGAUAUUCAAAAGAUCAACCAAAUUUGAUUUUUGAGAUGAUGGUCGUUAUGAAAUUUUUCUUUGUUAAAAUAAGUUGCCUCUUCUAUUUGCAUUAAAACUCUACACAAUGAAUGGACUUAAAAUAUUUAGUUUUCCGUAUUAUAGAUUUUAAAAGCUAUUGAUUGUUACAAAAUGCAUUCUCAUUAUAGAUUAUUUGACUACGAAAUGUAUUAAUCAAACAU